UGUCCUCCGGAUUCAAGAAGUUCACAGUCCAGCCCAAGGGUAUCUGGGCCCGUAUUUCGAACUUCUUCUCCAUCGACCCUAAUCGUUCGACCGGUAUCCCCCUCAACCCUACAUAUCGUGUCCCCGCACCCGGAUCCCGGUCAGAACGUUUCCAGGAGCCUGUCACCGCUCCUGCCAGUGAUAUCGCCGAGAACCAAUACUUUAACCGCGAUGUGCGUCGUCAGUAUCCUCGGUUGGCAGUGACGGACCAGUCUACCCUCGCCGGGUUGUUGACCCUUGGCUCUGCGGAGGCGCCUAGGACGGAGUUGAUUGGUGAGAGUGGUGCCAAGGACUUG